AUGGUCGGGAUGGAAAUGCGCGUGCCGGGAAACGCGCCUCUGAAGGCGGUGGACAUGCCGCAGCCCAUGCUGGACAGGGAAGAUCUUGCGUACUGGGACACGUUAGACUACUGCAUGUACCUUUCGAAGGCGCGUGGGAUAAUAGUGAACUCGUUUGCAGAGCUGGAGGCGGUGGUGAUUAACGCCAUGGCGAGGGCAGAUGCAGGAACGGAUAACAAAGAAUGUCUGAGAUGGCUGGAUGAACAACCGAGCAGAAGCGUGGUGUACCUGUGCUUCGGAAGCAGAGGAUCGUUCACAGUGUCACAGUUGAGAGAGAUAGCGAAUGGGUUAGAGAGGAGUGGGCACAGGUUCUUGUGGGUCGUGAAAAGGCCGGUAGAAGAGGAGGGAACGAAGCAGGUUCACGAGGCAGCAAAACCAGGGGAUGACUUCGACCUGGCGUCGGUGUUGCCAAAAGGGUUCAUGGAGAGAACCAAGGGUCGAGGGAUGGUGGUGAAGGCGUGGGCCCCGCAAGUGGAGGUGCUGAGUCGUGAGUCGGUGGGUGUGUUUGUGAGUCACUGCGGGUGGAACUCGGUGUUGGAAGGGGUGGUGGCGGGGGUGCCGAUGAUUGCAUGGCCGUUGUAUGCAGAGCAGCACGUGAACAGGGAGGUGAUGGUGGGGGAGAUGAAGGUGGCUGUUGCGGUGGAUCAGAGGGAGGAAGAUGGGUUUGUGAGUGCGGAGGAGGUGGAGAAGAGAGUGAGAGAGGUGAUGGAGUCGAAGGAGAUCGGAGAGAGGAGUCUGAAACUCAAACGCAUGGCUUUGGCUGCUGUUGGAGAAUCUGGAUCCUCCACAACAGCACUUGCCAACUUGGUUCAAUCCUGGUCCUGA